ACCUUCUUGUAGUGAAGAGGAAAAGGGGCAGACCAAAAGGGUCUACUAAGAAGUUCUGUGUGGAUGAAGAUGUGGCAGAAAAUAACCCUAUUCCAAGCGAAGAAACUGCGCCUGGGACAGAGGAAGGACCGGAACUGGCUGAAGUCUCACCAGGCAGCUUGGAAUGUAGGAAAUGCAAUCGGAAGUUCUCCAACACACGUCAGCUGAGGAAACAUAUCUGCAUUAUUGUUUUAAAUGAAGGAGAGGAAGAAGGAGAUGGAGGUAAUGAUUCUGACGUUGACCUUGACAGGAAGGAAGAUGAGCGAGAAAAAACUCCAAAGAGGCCCAGAGUUCAGAAAAAACAGAAAAUUCCAUCAACUAAGGAGACUGAACAGGUUUCAGGAGCUAAAAAUCCUAUUAUAAGUGUGGUUUUGACAGCCCAUGAAGCUAUUCCAGGAGCCACAAAAAUUGUUCCUGUUGAGGCUGCUCCCCAAGAAAGUGAACCCACAACUCCAGAGGCAGCAGUUCAAGACUCAUCACAACGAAGAGGAUAUCAAGAAUAUGCCAUUCAGCAAACCCCAUAUGAACAGGCAAUGAAAUCUAGCAGGUUGGGUCCAACUCAGCUGAAGAUUUUUACAUGUGAAUACUGUAACAAGGUGUUCAAAUUUAAACACUCCCUCCAGGCACAUUUGAGGAUUCAUACAAAUGAAAAACCUUACAAGUGUUCAUACUGCAGUUAUGCCAGUGCAAUCAAAGCCAACCUUAAUGUUCAUAUGCGGAAACAUACAGGGGAGAAGUUUAGCUGCGAUUAUUGUACGUUCACUUGUCUCAGCAAAGGUCAUCUCAAAGUCCAUAUUGAAAGAGUUCAUAAGAAAAUUAAGCAGCAUUGUCGCUUCUGCAAAAAGAAAUACUCGGAUGUUAAAAAUUUGAUCAAGCACAUCAAGGAAACACAUGACCUUCAAGAUAAAAAAGUGAAAGAUGUUUUUGAUGAGCUUCGCUUGAUGACACGAGAAGGCAAAAGACAACUUCUUUAUGACUGCCAUAUUUGUGAACGCAAAUUCAAAAAUGAACUCGAUCGAGACCGUCACAUGCUUGUUCAUGGUGAUGAAAGGCCUUUUGCUUGUGAGCUCUGUGGUCAUGGAGCCACUAAAUACCAAGCCCUUGAGCUUCAUGUGCGAAAACACCCAUUUGUUUACGUGUGUUCUGUGUGCCUGAAGAAAUUUGUCAGUUCUGUAAGACUCCGUGCUCACAUCAGAGAUGUGCACACAGAUUUGCAUGAGACUUCUGUUUUUAACAGUUCUAUCAAUCAAAGUUUCUGCCUCCUUGAGCCAGGAGGUGAUAUCCAGCCGGAAGCCCUUGGUGAACAGCUAGCACAAAGUGCAGAUGAAUUGACUAUCAUGAGUACUGAUGCUAUUAACACACCACAACCAUCUGCUUGUAAAGGUGAAUCAACAGCUGCAGAUGUAAACCAUAAUGGUCAACAUAAUGGUGACUUAAAAAUUGAUACAGUCCCUUUGUUAGAAUUUGAAAAUCCUCCAGUGGAGAAUGUAACAGAGACGCUGUGUCAGACAACAGACAUAGCAGUCCCAAACAUUCAGUCCUGUGUAGCAUCAGAUUGCUUUCUGCUGAAAAAUGGUACUUCUGGUUCUGAUGAGUUAAAAGUUUCUCCUGCAAAUGAAGAGGAAGUUAAUCACUGCAGUUCCGUAAAUGAGCAGGGUGAAGAAAUUCAGCUUUUGCUGUCUGAAGACAAAAGUUUAAAUCCGAGUCAGAACAAUUCAAUAACUGACAACCUUUCAGUCUCUGAAGAGAGAAAUCAAUCUUUUCCUUCUAGUGAAUCAGAAACAAGCAAUCCGCCAAUUCAAAAUUCAGCAGAAACCACAAACCCUUUGCCAGCACUAGAAGCUAAUGCAGCCAUCAGUCCACAGGCAGCCUCCUCUAAUGCAGUUACAUCAGACAGUGGGAGUGGAGCUGUUGCCUUUAUGCAGAUCUUGGACAGCUUGCAGAAGAGACAAAUGAACACAGAGUUGUGUGAGAGGAUAAGGAAAGUUUAUGGAGACUUGGAAUGUGAAUAUUGUGGCAAGUUGUUUUGGUACCAAGUGCAUUAUGACAUGCAUGUUCGUACGCACACUCGAGAACAUUUAUAUUACUGCUCCCAGUGCAGUUACUCUUCCAUCACCAAAAACUGCCUUAAGCGUCACGUCAUUCAGAAACACAGUAAUAUUUUGCUGAAAUGUCCCACAGAACAUUGUGACUACUCUACUCCAGAUAAAUACAAGCUCCAGGCACAUCUUAAAGUUCACACAGAGCUGGAUAAAAAGAGUUAUUCCUGUCCUGUGUGUGAGAAGUCAUUUUCUGAAGAUCGACUUAUAAAAUCUCACAUCAAGACAAAUCACCCUGAGGUUUCAAUGACUACUAUUUCUGAGAUUCUUGGCAGAAGAGUUCAGCUGAAAGGACUUAUUGGAAAACGAGCUGUGAAAUGUCCCUACUGUGAUUUUUAUUUUAUGAAGAACGGAUCAGACCUUCAACGUCAUAUUUGGGCUCAUGAAGGUGUCAAACCCUUCAAAUGUUCUCUCUGUGAGUAUGCCACCCGCAGCAAGAGUAACCUGAAAGCCCAUAUGAAUCGUCACAGCACUGAGAAAAUGCACCUUUGUGAUAUGUGUGGGAAAAAGUUCAAAUCAAAAGGCACUUUGAAGAGCCAUAAACUCCUCCAUACUGCUGAUGGAAAGCAGUUUAAAUGUACAGUGUGUGACUAUACAGCUGCCCAAAAACCACAGCUCCUACGUCAUAUGGAACAACAUGUCUCUUUCAAGCCUUUCCGUUGUGCACAUUGCCACUAUUCCUGCAACAUAUCUGGUUCCCUGAAGAGGCAUUACAACAGAAAGCAUCCUAAUGAAGACUAUGUAAAUGUAGGUUCUGGGGAGCCUGCAGCAGAAGCCCUUAUCCAACAAGGUGGCAUUAAGUGUCCUGUCUGCAGCUUUGUGUACGGUACAAAAUGGGAGUUCAACAGACAUCUUAAAAACAAGCAUGGAAUGAAGCUAGUGGAACAUGAUGGGGAGACCAAGUGGGAGUUAACUGCUGAAGUUUCUGAAGAAGCAUCCACUCAGUAUCUCCAGAUCACAGAGGCUGGAGAAGAUGUUCAAGGCACUCAAGCUGCUGUAGCUGCAUUACAGAACCUUAGAUAUACUUCUGAGAAUGGUGAAAGACUUGAUCCAACAGCUGUAAACAUCCUGCAGCAAAUCAUUGAGUUGGGUUCGGAAACCCAUGAUGCCACUGCAGUUGCUUCUGUAGUUACCAUGGCACCUGGCACUGUGACAGUGGUAAAGCAGGUAAAAGAAGAGGAGCAAUCGGCCAAUCACACCUUGAUGAUUCAAGAGACACUGCAGCAGGCUUCAGUGGAGCUGUCUGAGCAGCAUCACCUGGUGGUCUCAUCAGAUGAAGUGGAGGGAAUUGAGACAGUGACUGUCUAUACGCAGGGUGGAGAGGCUUCAGAAUUCAUAGUUUAUGUUCAGGAAGCUAUGCAGCCUGUAGAAGAACAAACUGUGGAACAAUCGGUGCAGGAGCUCUAGAGAACAGUGUUCAAAGGAGAUGGCUACUUGAUUUGCCAAAGCCAAAAGUUUGGGGUUUUCUUCCUAGCCAAAAGCAAGCAAGCUGACAAAUUUUCAGUUCACUUGUGAAGCGAGAGCUUGUUACUAGAUAGCGAUCUGACUGGUUGGAUUGUAUCAGUAACUUAGACAUAUUAUGUACAAAACCUCCUCAGACUUUCUUUUUCUAAAAAAUGUUCGUAUUUUGAGGAACAAGUAUUCUUCCCCUUCUUAGAAGAUCUCUCACUUGAUUCCUGUAAAUCCCCACAAACACUGUCUGUUCAAAACCAUGUUAUGCCACAAUCAUAAAACAUCUAUAAAGGUAGUUAAAGUGUCUAGAAAAGUCCAUACAACCCAUUUUAUACGUACUUAAUAUGUGCUUGACUUGACUGGAAGCAGAGUUGUUUUUUUUUUAAUUAGAAGGAUCUUAUUUCUGAGUACAUGCUUAGAAUGUGUUUGCUGAGUUGUGGAUCUAACCCAAAAAAAGGCUCAAGACUUUAAUUAGAAACAUACCACAGAUGGACUGUAGUUUGUACUUGUGAGAUGAUCCUUUGAGUUUGGGAGGUAUUUAAAGCCAUAUAUGAUAAUUCUGGGUACCAGUAGGGGGACUGUUAUUUAGAUAAUUGAAGCAUGAUAACUCUUUCCAUCCCACUGGAUAAAUACCUGUCCAGUAUCAUAUGAUGAAACCAAAUCUGUCAAAUCAGUUAAAUAUUCUUUUGUUUUUAAGAAAAAAUAUAUAUUCAAAUGGUUUGUAAAUUCUAUAAAAUAUGUAUGUUCAUAUGUUUUAAACAGACGUGCUUGUAAAUAUGAUUGUGUGAAAGAACUUGUACAAAAAACUUAAGUAAAUAUUGACAAGAAUCUAGAUAUUCUUAAUUAUGCAUGUAUAUAGUACCAGAUUUUUCUUCAUGAUUCUUGAAUUGUUUCUGAUUUAAUAUUUUUAAAUUUGAGCUAUAAAAGUUAUUAAUUAAUAACAAAAUUGUCAUGUUUUCUUC